UUCUGGGCUCCUUCUUUCUCCGCAAGAUGGCAUCCCCGGCCAUACCGGCGAGUGUCCCUGCUGCCACUGCGGCCGCAACCCCGGCGCCGGCUGCCGCCGCAGCCCCGGCUUCCGCCCCGACAGCGCCCACGCCGGCUCCGGCAACGGCUGCGACACCCGCUGCGGCCCCGGCACCCGCCUCGUCCUCCGACCCUGCGGCCGCUACGCCUGCCGCUCCGGGCCAGACCCCGGCCUCCGCGCCAGCUCCUGCGCAGACGCCGGCGCCUUCACAGCCCGGGCCCGCCCUCCCGGGGCCUUUCCCCGGCGGCCGCGUGGUCAGAUUGCACCCGGUCAUUUUGGCCUCCAUCGUGGACAGCUACGAGCGACGCAACGAGGGAGCUGCCCGGGUUAUCGGCACCCUGCUGGGAACUGUUGACAAGCACUCAGUGGAGGUCACCAACUGCUUUUCAGUGCCACACAACGAGUCAGAAGAUGAAGUGGCUGUUGACAUGGAGUUUGCUAAGAAUAUGUAUGAAUUGCACAAAAAAGUCUCCCCAAAUGAGCUCAUCCUAGGCUGGUAUGCGACAGGCCAUGACAUCACAGAACAUUCCGUGCUGAUCCAUGAGUACUACAGCCGGGAGGCCCCAAACCCCAUCCACCUCACUGUGGACACAGGUCUCCAGAAUGGGCGCAUGAGCAUCAAGGCUUAUGUCAGCACAUUAAUGGGUGUCCCUGGGAGGACCAUGGGAGUGAUGUUCACACCUCUCACAGUGAAGUACGCAUACUAUGACACCGAACGCAUUGGCGUCGACCUCAUCAUGAAGACAUGUUUUAGCCCCAACCGGGUGAUUGGGCUCUCAAGUGACCUACAGCAAGUAGGAGGGGCCUCAGCUCGCAUCCAGGAUGCUCUGAGCACUGUGCUGCAGUAUGCUGAGGAUGUGCUGUCUGGAAAAGUGUCUGCUGACAACACUGUGGGCCGCUUCUUGAUGAGCCUGGUUAACCAAGUACCCAAGAUCGUUCCUGAUGACUUUGAGACCAUGCUCAACAGCAACAUCAAUGACCUGCUGAUGGUGACCUACCUGGCCAACCUCACCCAGUCACAGAUUGCCCUCAACGAGAAACUUGUAAACCUGUGAAGGAGCCCAGAGGCUCUUGUGCUGGUCUUGGUCUCCACCACAGGACUAGGCUGAAGUGGAGGCACAGGGUGUCUGUGCCUUGAGUCAGCUGCUUGGGACUCCUAAUAAACAUAGCCUACCUUUUGUAAAUGAA